GAAACUGGAUCUGGUGGUGCCCAGUUUCUAAUGAGAAAACGAAAAUUACGACGAGCCAGCGAUUGCACAAACGAGGCAGUAAAUACGGGGGAUUCAAACAGAUUCAGUUGUGAACUGGACAGUGGUGAGGUCGCUUCUUGAAUCUCAGAAGGUGAAGGAGAUGGAGUUAGCACAUAAAGUUAGGAAAAUGCUGUCGGACAGCACUUUUCCAACACCUGGCGGGGAAAAUGGUGGUGAGAAGUACAAGAUCUCUGAUAUAGGAAGAGACGGAGCGAGAAGAUUGUUGGAAAGGAGUAAUUGUGGUACAUUUUUGAUUCGUGAUGGGAGAACUGCAGAGUGUGCACUGGUUCUUAGUGUAAAACUUCAACAUCGUGUUUGUCAUUAUCGUAUUAUCAAGGAUUCGAACUCAAGAUACAGAGAUGGAUCAAGCAGAUUUGAUUCCCUUGAUGAACUAAUCGAUGCAAGAAAGCAAACAUCUUCUAUGCAUAAUGAUUUUAAAUUGGGUGCUUGUGUAACCUACAACCUAUAAUAACAU